AUGAAACGUGUCUGCCGGGGACCCAACCAGUAUAGGAGGUUUGAAGAGCAACCCACCACCACUAACGGUGUCUACGGUUUCGAGGUACUCAGCCAGGUGCGGAUUGCAAAAGCACAAGCUGUCGGUCACGCCCUCGCUUGUUGUCUGCCCCCGACCUUUCCCGUUAUACGACCACCUUGUCCUCGGCGCCCCCAUCUCACCAACCUCGUGGCGGUCAACCCAUCCGUAGACUACUUUAUCGCUCCGCGUCUCUGCUCUAUCCGCGAUCCGCCUUACACACCAACAGCCAACAAACGGGAUAUAUACGUGGGUGACCGCUGCAGUGAGGUUAAGCCGCGUCUCGUGGAGUGCAGAGAACGCAACACCAAUGGGACGUUGAUAACGAAGAGCGUCAAACGUCGUCGCCGGAGCUCUUCCUGGUCAACCUCCCGCGUCAGCCAUUACGAAGUAGGUGGUGCUGUAAGAAAAACACCCUCGAGCCAAUUGUGCCAGUCAUUGAAUUUCCAUGCAACCGCAAAGAUACUUGACCGCAAAGUCACUGAUGCCUCUUGGGAAUGUGCAGGCCAUCACACUCGUCCAUAG